AUGUUGGAAUUCUGCGGGGUCAUGGGUCAGAGCCUGAGCGGUCAAAGGUCACCAGCUGGCGAGGUGGCAACCCUUCCUGGUUCCAAGGAUCAUUUUUUGGCAACAGGUUCUGACCAGGCAGUGGGGAUGUGUAUGGUGGCGCUCAGUGCUCUGAUCUUUACUUACUACACCGUCUGGGCUGUUGUUCUGCCUUUUGUAGAUGAUGACCACAUUGUGCAUCAGUACUUCCUUCCCAGACCGUAUGCUGUCAUCAUCCCCACAGUAGCAGGAGUGGUGGCCCUCAGUGCUAUAGGUUCCUUCUUUGGCUAUGUUAUGCUACAAGACAAGAUGAAGAAGAAAACCAAAUAAGUGUCAACAUGGCCUGCAGUACCAGUGCAUCAAACAUCUGCAGUUUUUACUCAAAGUGAUAGGGGGCGUUGUGACUAUUUGAA